AUUCAUCACUGUUUAAUAGGAGUUGAUUUACUUGUGAUAGCAAUUACCAAUUAGCAGAGUGAUUGUUUAGUAUUGGGGCUAAUGGGACAUUCAAAGACUAAUCGCCAUGUUCGGAACAAGAAAAAGGAACAAUCUUUCUUCAAUAAUCUCACAGAUGAACUGCUAAUCCAAAUAUUUAUUAGAUUACCAAGCAGCAAAGAAGCAAUUCGAUGCAAAUUGGUUUGCAAACACUGGUUAUCCCUAAUCUCAUCUGAUUACUUCGUUAAUACUUCUGUAAUUCACCAUCAAAAUAACGGUAAUGAUCAGGUUGUCGUGUACAAUUUUCGAACAGAUAAAGUGGAAAGCUCUACCCUCCCUUCUCAAUUCAAGCUUAAGAGAUUGCAAAGAUUACUACCACCAGAUGAUAGGUCACUUCAUUUAGAUGCUGGGCCACAUCAUGUGUUACCAAUUACCCAAAAUUGGUGGCCAACACCAGUAAGAUAAACCCUUUGAACUCAAAGAUUGGACUAGAGUUGUUGCUCAAACACAUGUAUAUAAUGUGAAUCACAUAUGCGAUUAAUUAGACAUAUCUACAGUACAUGACUAAGAAGUUUAAAUCAUGUAUCAACAUCUUAUCUUCUUCUUUUGGUUGUCCAUAUUUACUUCAUUCAGGAUGUUUUAGGCGAAUGAUGCAGUGUUGAAGUACAGGCAUGUUGACUUAGAAUUGUUUUUGCCUUUUUUUGUUCGGUUGGUGGUUAGCAAAGAUCUUUCUUUCAGGCUAUGUUUCCAUAAUGUUAAUUGUAACUCCUUGGUUGCUCCCA